CGGAAGUCGGCGCGGCCACGUGUGUGGCACGUGUUGCUGUUCACUGGGGCGGCGUGUGCUGUGUUGUGCUGCGUUGUGCUGCGCGCUGUGCUGUAGAAUGGGAAAGCCGAAAAGCAAAGCGCCUCGAAAUAGGCAGACUAAACUGUACCUGACGUUCAACGAUGAAGAGCGAACGACGUAUCUAACAGGAUUCCACAAACGGAAGGUGGAGCGGAAGAGGAAGGCAAAGGAGGAGCUAGUACAGCAGAUGAAGGAAGAGCAAAAGCGCCUUAAAGACGAGAGGCGGCAGCAGUUCAUGGAUCUAAUAAGAGAAAGAAGGAAAGCACAGGGCAUAGUGAACGACUUGGACGAAUUGGACCUGGUGACGACAAGCAAAACGGAGAGCGUUCAGUACCACCACCCCAACCACACGGUCACGGUGACUACCAUCAGCAACCUGGACCUGUGUCACCCGGAGGGCCUCAAACUGGGCACCAACACGUUUGCAGAGUCCGAUGACGACGACGACGACAAGCAGCAAGAGAAAGACGGAGAGAGAGAGGAUGAGGCGAGGGGAGAAGAUGGAGACCCGAAAGACAUCCCACUGCCAAACAAGAAGCAGUGUCUCACUUCCAAGAGGCUCUCCUCGCUGAUGUCGUCGCUGGAUCCGAAGAAGAAAUCUGGCAAAAAGUGGAAAAGGGGAGCGCCCAAGAGCUCCAAGAAAGGCAAGCGACCGGCACAGGGGGGAAAGACGACCAAAACCCAGCGCCGACAGAGGACCGGCACCCGAGAGAAGAAGGGAGGCUUCUCAGGUUGAACCAACGACUCCUUGGUGUUUGCAAGGAUGUUCAGUUUAUCAACAGUGGCCGUGCGACAGGGUCAUACACUGCAGACUACUGAGGCGGCAUUGGACGAACCUACAUUUUGGCUCCAAUUGAAGGAUCUUCCUGAAUACACUAACUUUUUUUUUUAACUCACAUUGGAUUUAAGCGCCUCGCCAACAAUGUCAACCCAGACGAUGUCUUCGUGGGAGAACCUCAAGUGAUAUUUUCACAGCGUGAAGCUGAUGCGCAUGCUCUUCAUUUAACAACAAAUGAUUGAUAUUUAAUUAUGCGAAGCAAAGACGAGUCGCCUUUCAUGUCUAAAUAAAGCAGCCCUCCAAAGAUAGACAGGUUUUCCUACUGGGCAGAUUUUUUGUUAAUUGCUAACACAGACUGCUCAGGCAUCGGAUGCACGGUUCACCGCAAUGUCACCAUGGGUGAACAAAUGUGUGUGUAACUUGUGACGGCCCAUUUAUCUUCAUGAAUGUGUUAAUGUGGGCUGUGCAAAUGAUUAAUGAACCUGCUAAAACACCAGUCCAAUUAGCAUGGGCAGUGUAAUAAAAUACUCAUUAAGCAUGGUUGUGCAGUCUGAGGUCAUUUGCUCAGCACAUACCCCGAAUAGAAAUUGGUAUGUUCCGCUGUGCUCCCCACUAUUCAAAAAGCCAAACAUCCAUAUGCAUUGUGGAAUAUCCCACUUUAUUCAGCAAGGGGUGGGUUUAAAUUGCAAAGAAUUUAACAAAACAGAGAUUGGCAUUGUUACCCCUUAACACAAACCUAAAAGCGUUGCUUCCCAAAGCUGUGUUAUACAAAUAACUCUUAUUCAACAAUAACAUUGUAUUUUUUAUAUUUUUAUUAUUUUAUUGUUUUCCUUCUACGUGACUUUACCGAAAGAACCAAGAAUAUGAAUCCCUGCAGUCACGAAAGCUUUAAAGCAAAUAACUCUUGUUGGCAUUGUUGCGUGUGACAUUGAAAAUCUUAAUCUGCCUAUGGCUAAUGAUAUCGAAAAACAACUAUGAUUUUACAAUGAUGCGGCUGGGCCAGAAAAUUGUCAGGUGCUGUUGAGUAACCCGUAGCCACAUCUACACCAACCGUGGCAGAUGUGGAUACUUGAUACGCAAAUGGAAGAUUGAAAAAAAUAAAAUGAUUCGUUUUUA